AUGAAUCGGACAGGAGUACAGGACAAUGCCAGUUACAUUCAGAUUGGAGGCAAAUCACCAGACAGUGGGCACUUUACUUCUGAGCAUGACUCUGGGUUCCUGACCGCUGUUUGGGCUUCAGUCCAGAAACCUACCUCUGGUAACUGCAUUGGUCAAAUGGACCUGUGUUCCAACAAGCUGCUGCACGUAACUGGACAUCUGAGGAACAUCGAUGGCAAAUUCCAGAGCCUCCGGGAGCUUUUCCAAAGAGAAGGAGCUGUUGUUUCAGGAGCUGUUGAAGCUAAAUUGGCAGAUUUGCUGCAGGCCGUCUCUUCCCUCCUGAGCAAGUAUCCUGCUUUGAAUUGUGAAGUUAUCCAGCUUGCCACAUCAGCCCUCAUCACCAGCGUGAAUGGUCUCAACCAUCAAGUGACAGGGUCUGAAAACAAGAAGCGGUACAGUGAGAUUUUCCGGAGUCUGGACGCCUUAGAAAUCUCGCUUGGAAAUGCGACAGUUGACAUGUUCAUUGAUGACACAGACAGCACAGACCCCACAGACCUGACCCCAGAGAGCGAGAUGCUCCCGGUGGAUGAAAGUUUCUACAAGAGCAAAAGCAAUUUGGAGGGGCAGGUGCAGACAAACAUCACAGUUGAAGAGGCUGAUGAGAUGCUGAUAAAAUGCGAAGGUGGUGUUGAUGCAGCCCUUGAAUAUGCCAAAACGUGGUGUAAAUAUGUCAAAGAACUGCUGAGCUGGAUUGAUAAACGCCUGAAUUAUGAAAUAGAGUUUGCCAAAAGCAUUGUGAAGAUAGCCGAAUCAGGCCGAUCUACCAUUAAACAACAGGUCUGCAUGCCACUCCACCUGCUCUACGCCAUGGUCCUGGAACAUGACAUCAAGAUUGGGAGUUUAGCCAUUGAGACUGCAGGGGCUUUGCAGUUGAGAGAAUACUGCCAGCCUCUCACAGCCAAGAGGAAUGAAAUUGAGAAGUGGCGGAAAGAAUUCAAAGAUCAAUGGCUAAAGGAACAGAAAAGAAUGAAUGAUUCACUGUCAUCCUUGCGCAAGUCCCGCCUUCACUACAUACAGCGCUGCGAGGAGUUGGAGAAAGCCAAGCUGCUGAGUGCCAAGGCAGAAGAUGAGUACCAGGGCAUAGCAGCAACCCACCCUGGCAGCGCCAACAAGCAGCUGGAGAAACGGCGCCGCUCUCGUGAGGAGGCACAAGUGAAGGUUCAGGAAACAGAAGCUUCUUACAAGAUGUGCAUCAGUGAUGCCAACUCUCGUCGGCAGGAGCUGGAAAAGGUGCGGGAGAGAAUUGUCUCCCAUAUCCGGAAACUCAUUUACCAAGGAGAUGAGGUGCUGACACGGGUCACCUUGAGGAUGUUCAAGUUGCAGCAGACUCAGGCAGAGAAGAUUCCAGUGGGGUACGAGAACAUGACUGAGUACUGCAAGCCCUACAGAAUGGGUGAGAAAUAUCUGGAAUUCAUUCAGAAGCUGCAGAAGAAAGAGAUCCCCAUGGAGGUGUUUGAAUUUGAAGCAUUUAUUCCUGCCGGGCAGAGGUCUCCUCCUAGUGGUAGAAAAAAGAAUGCAGUGCAAUACUCCUGCAUGUCAUCCUCUGCAGCUGAUCUGAGCACCGAUGCAGAAGAUGCAUCAGGAAAGCAGUUUUCCACAAACAGUGAACAAAGUGCAAACAAGUCCUUCUACAGUGACACAGAAAGCCUGGGUGGGAGCUGCGAAUCCCGGUCCCUGGACUCUCCCACCUCUAGCCCAGGGCACCAAAGUAGGAAGUUGCUAAAAGCUUCAUCCACAGGCACCAUGUCCUCCUCGGAUGAUUUUGAAGAGAGAGAUUCAUGUCAAACAUAUGAAAAUGAAAAUGGAUCAUCCCAGUGUCAGUUUAAGAACAUCUCUCUGUCGAGUGCAGCACAGACCCACCGGCUGCGGAAAUUGCGGGGUCCGUCCAAGUGCAGGGAGUGUGAAACCUUUAUGGUCAGUGGCACCGAAUGUGAAGAGUGCUAUCUGACCUGCCACAGGAAGUGCCUGGAGAACCUCCUGAUCACCUGCGGCCACAAGAAGCUGCCCAGCCGAGUGCCCCUCUUUGGCAUCGACUUCACACAGGUCCCUCGGGAUUUCCCGGAAGAGGUUCCGUUCAUAGUUGUGAAAUGCACCUCAGAAAUCGAGGCACGUGCCCUCGGAGUGCAGGGGAUCUAUCGGAUAAGUGGAGCCAAGGCCCGGGUGGAGAAGCUCUGCCAGGCAUUUGAAAACGGGAGGGAGCUGGUGGAGCUCUCAGAACAUUCUCCUCAUGACAUCACUGGCGUCCUGAAGCAUUUCCUGAAGGAGCUGUCAGGGCCAGUGCUCCUGUAUGAGCUCUACGAUGAAUUAAUCGCGCUUGCCAAGGACCUGCAGAGACCUGGGGAAGGGAAGAGAGACAGCUCAGGGUUCUCAGCAGAUCCCAUUCAAAGCAUGAAGGACUUGCUGAGCAAACUGCCUGGGACUAACUACAACACCCUGCGACACAUCAUUGCACAUCUGUACAGGGUGGCUCAGAGAUACGAAGAGAACAAGAUGUCUCCCAACAACCUGGGGAUAAUCUUUGGGCCAACGCUGAUCCGGCCCGGCUCAGGGUGUGAUGUCUCCAUGUCAUGCCUUGUAGACUCUGGGUACCAGGCCCAGAUUGUGGAGUUUCUCAUUCUGAGCUACGAGAAGGUCUUUGGGAUGGAUGACUUGCCUCCGUCUUUGUAUGAAAACACUUCGCAAGAAGCCUUGGCAGAGAAGGACAAAGAGGAGAAGCAGAGCACUGAGAAAGCCCAGGGUGUGACCACAGAGAGUUUCUCCUUCAAGCAUGAUUCAAGUGAGGGCUACGUGUCUGAUAAGUCAUCUUCCAGUGAAGCCAUCAAUGAGCUGACAAUGGAGGGAGCCCACAGUCCCCUGAGCACAGAUCCCCUAGAUUUGAAUAGAAAUGAUGGCUCUGAGCUGGAGGACCCUGAGGAAUCAGUGCACGAAAAGCCAGAUCCAGAUUCUGAUUCAGUUCUAGGGACGCAACCCAGGGGGUACUUCAGCCGGCAGCCUGUGAAGUAUCCUCGACCGGCACAGGCCAAAAUGAGGCCAAUCAUUCACAAACCUUCCAGCUUGUCCUUGAUGGCUGCUGCUCUGUCAAGCCCUCUGAUGGAGGCUGAUGCAGAAGGCAAUCCUGCAGACUGCAGCCCUUUGAUGAAGGAAGUCCUGGAGAAGAAAGGCAGCAGCAGGAGUAGCUCACCAGAGACCAGCACACUGCAGCGACGUUCUGGAGGAAAACAGCAACUCAGACAUUUUGAGAUCACCCAGGAAACUGCCAGGAUCGUCUCCAAGUUUCAAACCAACAACACUUCCACAGGGUCCCCUGAAGUUUCUCUGGAAAGGACAAGCACAGACUGCACUGAACCCGAACCAAACCCUGACCUGGGGACACCAUCCCAGGAAAACCUUUGUGAACAAUGA